GCAAUUUGCAUAGACUGUUUGAACAUAUUUUAAACUUUAUGAAAACCAACUUUCUAGAAUCGAGACCACCCCGUAAAAACUACAAUCAACUCUCAUCGAAUGAGAAACUUAAUAAUAGACAGACAGAAGACAUCCACAUUGACGAGCCGGAAGCGGAGUCCGAUGCGAGCAGCACUGAUCUAGAUGAACGAGAUACACGAGGCGUGUGCCCGCCUUGUGCGCAUGACCGAUACAAUAACAAUGUGCGGCGACAUGCACACGACGAUUUCAGCGAUGAUACGGAUUAUGAUGAAGCUCUGACGUGCAACGUAUGUGACCGGUCGUUCCCGUCGCGUCGUCAGCUUGGCGACCACCAGCAGAAGAAACGUCACUUUGGAUGCAGCGCGUGUGACAGCCUAUUCCCGUCGCUGAUGGCGCUGGAGCACCACAAGGAAGAGUUCCAGCACUGGUCGGACUCGUCGUACUGCUCGCACUCCGAGUCCGACGACAGCGACCUCGACACCUGCCACGAGGACAGGCAUCGGCUGCUAUAAUGCCACCACCUCAUUAUUGCCGGGGAGAAGCCCACAAAGCUGGGCACUUUUGUCUGAAUCUGUGCUGACUUCGUAGAGCUGUUGGAACGAGUCGUAUGCGUAUAAAAGUGAUUCUUUGACCACCUAGAUAGACAAACUCAUGCCUAGAUGGUCAACAAAUCUAAAGAAAAAAACCAUAAAUACACAGCUAACACAUUAUGAUUUAAUGUUUAAUAUUAUUGGCUAUAAUGCAUUCUAGAUUUAUGAAUGCAUGUAAAUACUAAUUCACGAAUACGCAGACGAUUCGUUUCGCUAUUUAGCAGUUUAUCUAUACGCCUAAUAAUGGUAAAAGAUCUGUCAUAUCUCAUAUAUUUUUGGGAAUAAUAAAUUAAUGUAAAAGAAUAUUGUAAUGAUAGACUGCUGUAGGUCUAUGGCGGUAGGGGUUUGACUGCAGUUGUUUGGAAAUCAUAAAUAAAAUACUCGGCUAUUCCUAAGUCGAGUAAAACUAUAGUUCACAUAGGCCAUUUGUUAAAAAUUUGUAGUUAAAAAACAAUAUCAACUGCUGAACUCUAUUCAAAGGAAUUAAAUAAAUAUGCUGAAGGCACUAAAACGGCCUAAAUUUCAUUUUUAUUUAUUUAUAAUGCAAGAACUAACGCAUAAAAGAAAAGAAUAAAAUUUUGAAAAUUAAUUAUAUUAAUAUUGGCUAUAAAUAAAAUAGGUCACUCUAGCCCUUAUCCUACUUUAGAAAAAUGACGAAGGACUGCAAAUAAUAUGGAAUGUAAGGAUGUCUAUGAAUUGAACAGCCACCUAAAUAGUUCUUGUAAAAAUAAUCAUAGUGGUGUAGUUAUACCUAUGUAAUGGGUACAAGUUGAGCGCAAUGCCAAGAAAGUUAAAGUAGUUAGAUAAAAUAUAAAUAUACCAAAUAUGUAGUCAGAAUCUCAGAGGUAUAAAUAAUUUAAUGUUUAUUUAUACUUAAUUACGUAAUUAAUAACUAUUGAUAAGACUUCUAAUGUAGGGUUUAAAGUCGCGUAUUUUCUUUUAUGUCUAUACCGCGACGUACACUGGUAAACGAGCAUGUGGUACCGAAACAUACGCAAUUUUAAUUGAUGAACAUAAUAUUAAUAUAAGUAAUUAUAUAAUAUAUAAUUAGGUAUGUAAUCAAGAAGUCACCGCACGUCAUUGCAAUUUUGGCCUAUACAUUUAAGCGCGACAUUCUAUAGAUGCCCAUGUGUUAGAAAAUUGUGUAAAUAUUAUGCAUUCAGCAAUAGAUAUGACAGAUCUAAUGCCUAGCUAUGUCAAAAGUCAUGGGAAUAGAAAUCUUACUAGCUGAGUCGAUUUGCAAAUGUAUACCUCAUCUCAUGUUAUUGUUUAUCGUUCAUAAGAUGCAAGCUGUAAUGAUCGUAUCUUUGAUUUAUAUAAGUGUAAAUAAUAUUGUGUUUUUUCUGAGAAAUCAUAGCCUUAAUAAUGGUAACAUUGUAACAUUUGGCAGUUCAAAUUGUUUAAAAAAAUUACUUGUGAAACCUUUCCUCCAUUCACGGUAAAUAUAAAAUAUACUUGAGAAACCGCUACACUUACAUACUUUAUUUGCUAAUGGAAAAAGAGCCAUAAGGCUAUGAAAACCAAGAUGGCCUAAAUGAUUUUACUGGAAGUGUUGAUUAUGCAAUCUUAUUUAUUAACCUGCAAGAUUUGUAAACUCUCUCUAAAGUUACUUAGAACAGUACCUACUAAGAUUAUCCUAAUUUUCUAAAAAAAAAUGGAUACUAAUUUAUCAUGUUCCUUUACUGCGUUGCACAACUUAUGUUACCCAGCAUAAAUGAUAUCCAUGUGGAGCAAAAAAAUGGUAUCAAUAAUAACUCGACAUAAAAGGUUGACUUUGUAAAAUAUUGUUAAAAUUAGAUUAAUAUAAUAAAAAUAUUUAACAAGAAUAAACAUUGGCUACCCUAAAACCUCAAUAGGUAUACCUGAAAUCUAGAUAUUCAAAUAAGUACCUAUACUUACUAACCAGUUAUCAGGAACAUUAAGAUUCAUACAAGUUAUGAAAUCAAUAAAUCAGACACUAUUAUGAUUUGAUUUUUCACCUUAUGAUAACACACUUCGAGUUAUUUCUGAUAUCCCUUUACGUCAAUACCUCUACAAUAAUUAGAUACGUAUGUAUGACAUGUUAUGAGUAUAAACAGCCUUGCUACCUUAUGGUAUAUGGAACAAAUUUUUUGCACUGAUAGCGUUAACUUUAAAACCAAAAUAAGUGGCGCCAUGAAAACAAGUUUUUAUUUUUCCUGAUCAGGCUAUGAAAUCGAACCCCAACGAAGUUGGUAAUUUCGUUCAUCUUCUCUUGUUUUUUUUUUAGUUCAUGCUACAGUGUAAAAUGUUAACAGUUGUAUAUUUUUAAUUGGACAUUAUCAUUGAUUUUAGCUUGAAAUACCAUACUAUAGUCUUAUAUUUGAUGGCAAAUUAAAACAAUUUACUGUUUAAAGAAAUGAGAAAGAGGGCUUUUCUACGUAAUUUGCUUAAUUCAUUGUUUUUACUUGUCUUCAGUCUAGGGUCAACUUUUGUUAAAUUUUUCAAACUGCGAAGUGUAAUCUAUAAUUUUUACUUGCAGACCAAGGAAAUAAAAUAAACGGCUUACAAAGAAGUAGAAAUCAUAGCCCUACAAAAUGGUUGAAAACUAGUUAUAAAUAAAAAAAAAUUACAACGCAAAAAAAUAUAUAAACGUCAAAAUUAUCAAGUCGAGUAGCCAAUGGUAAAAUUUAAUUUAUAUAAUAUCAUUUUUAAAUCAUAAUACAUAGUCAUAAUGAAAGUCGCCUUCAAAAGUAGUUCCUUUAUUUUUGCAUUUAUUGUAUUGGAAUUGAUAUUGCUUGCACGACUCUAUUAUAAACUAAGAACAUAUCAUGUUAUACAAAAUAUCUGUAUAAAACGUAUCGGAAGUAUCGUAUUAGUAUUGUAAUUAUGGAAAUGUAAAAACGAUAACGUAAGAUUCAUUACGAAUACCACCGUUAGUACAACAUAUGUUAUAGACUUGUUUGAGAUUUUGUUACUAUGUUUGCAACAUUAUGUAUUCAGGAUCUGCAUUCAAGUCAUAGUAUACCAGGUGUGUUAUAGCUUGGGAUUACUUAACAAGGAAAAAAGUUAAGACAUAUGGUUGAAACUUGAAACCAAAGUGCUCUAUGUAACAUUUUUAAUACAUUUUAGUUUUCUAUAAUUUUUUCUAACUUUUGUUCUUGACUAGUCUAUAAUAGUCUACGUUGCAAUACGUCCCUAGUUUAUAUAAUUUAUAUGCUAUCAUUAACAUUAAAAUUGGGGUUUACAAUAACAUUCAAAGUACAAUGUAGGUUCAUAUACAUGAUUAUUUUAACCUGAUUUUUUCCUUUUUAAAAUCAUUAUUGUAUCAUAGAGCACAUAGUUCCAGGCCAGCCAUAUUUCGUUUAAUUUUAUUAUCAUUACCUAAUUAUAUUUAAAAAAAUAAUGGCUAAAAGUAAAAAAUAAACGGAGUCAUAAUGAGUAAUACGUUACCAUGUUUAAAUCAUUUAUUUCAUACUUUCAUUAUACUUAGAAAUUUCUAAUCGACCUACUUAGAAACCUGCAUUUCUAACUUAUACCAUAUCACAUUGUAAAUACGAUUUCUUAGUGAUGUAUGUCCCGGCAAUAAUGCAUAUCAGUGGUAAGCGAUUAUGACUGAUAAUUAAGUGUAAAUAUCGUAGUUUCGUGUCACACGUUUAGGAUUUUGAAAGUUCUUAGUGUCAUCACAAGACCCUUCCCUGUCGAUAUAUCUUCCGACAUAGUAUUACUAGAUGUAAGCUUCUAUGUAACGUUUCUAGUCGUACUAUUUUUAUAAUUAAUUGUAUGUACUAUCACAUUGUAAUGAACACAGUCUCGUCGCCGUUCGAGGGUCGCGUGUGCGGCUCGGACGGGGGCGCGACCGUCUACGGAGCAAAUAUUUGUACAAAUAAAAAUACA